CCCGGAUGAGAGUCGCCGUAUCCAUGUUGUUAAAGUUGAUCCGUGGUCGGUUAACAGUUCAGCUCCAGUCCGGAGCGGUAGUAAAACGUUUUGUGGACCUAGUUCUCCUGCUGGCGCUGACAGGCGGUGCUUCGGUCGCUCCCAAACAUGGCCUCCAUGACGGAGCGACCGCUUCAACUUUAAUUUUUCGCAAAUUUUCUGCAGAAAAGCGGUGUUUUUUCCUCACUAGGAUCAACAGGAAUGCUCCAUGUGAAAACAUUAGCAUGCCAGACUUGUAAAACAGAUGUUAUCUUUCAGAGAAGUUCGCUGUUGGAUUUAAACAGAUCGAUCUAAGUUGGCUGGAAAGCUGGAGAGGAAAAGGAGAAUUGCAUCUAAUCAAAUGCCAUCUGAGGCUCAGUGUCAGGAGCCUCGGGACAGAGGACCGCCACCCCCUGUCACGCGAGCCGGACGCAGUGCUCAACUGGCCAAGGCUGCUGCCACGAACUCCGCCACGAGCUCCACUCCUGAGCGGCGGCCUCGUGGACGGCCUCGGAAAGAUGGGAGCAGCAGCCGCCCUACGCCCCCUGCUCCUGCUGCAACCCCUCCUCCCCCUUCUCCUAAAUCAAGGAAAAAGGGACGGAGUCGAGGCCGAGCCCAGGUAGAGGAUGAAGAGAGCAUGGACGCCACGGAAAAGAAUCCCCCACAGAACACAGAGGUGAAGGAGGAGAGAAGAACUGGACGCCGUAGGUCCACCUCCAGGAAAAAAGUCCAAACAGACCCUGACCCCAACCUUGACCCUCAGCCUGGCCAGGACAGGCUCUGCCCACAACCUGAGCUAGAUUCGGUUGCUCCUCCCCAUGAAGCCAAUGCAAAGCCAGCUCCCACAAGUGAGGAGGGGCACAGAGGCAGCCCUGCUGCCCCACUGCCAGACUACAGUCCUGGAAAUGAGUCUGAAGACACCCCCCAGUCGCCAUCCCCAUUUCAGGUUCACACCCUCAAACCAGUGUCUGAAUCUACAGAGCAGGGUCGACCUAUCCUGAGCCGCAGUCCCUCGCCUAAGGAGGUGUACCACAGUGUCAGCCCAGUUGCUAUGGAGAUGGAUGAGGAUAAAGUGGUUCCUGUAGCAUCUAGUCUCGUGCAGCAGAGUCCUGCACCAAGCCCUUGCUCCAGUCCACCAGUCUCCCCGUACCUCCGGCUCGAGGAUGAUGAUUCCUUCUCACCUCUGUUCCAGCGGUCUCUGUCAGAAGACUCUGGGGGUUCGCCCACCCCCAGCUUAGGGGACACCAAAAAACGUCUGAAGCAGUGUGCCUUCUGUUACCGGGGAGACGAGCUUCCUCUGGGCCAGGGCCAGCUGGUGGUGUUUGGCCCAACGCCGGGUUACAUCCCACUUCACAUCCUGAGCCGCCGGGCCUCCUCCGACCGAGACAAUGACUGCCAUGCCCAUUGCUACAGUGGUGACCAGGCCCAGGCUCUGUGCAGCAGUCCAGAGCAGAGUGAGUCUUCCGCAGAGUUUGUUGAGCAGUUUGGACCAAUUGGCCUUCCACAUGACAUCAACGUCCAGUCACUGUUUGACCCGACAGGUCAGUGCUGUGCUCAUCUGCAGUGUGCAGCCUGGUCAGAGGGGGUUUGUCGGGGUGAGGGCCAGUCAUUGCUCUAUGUGGACAAAGCCAUUGACUUGGGAUGCACUCAGGUGUGUGCAUUCUGCUGUCGGUUGGGGGCAUCAGUGCGUUGCCAAGAGUCGGGCUGUGGACAGAGCUACCACUUCCCAUGUGCUACUGCUGCUGGAGCCUUUCAAGACUUUAACCAGAGACAAACAUGGUGUACACGGCACAAACACUCAGUGUGCUCACAGUGUGAGAUGUGUUCGGGUGGUGGUGAUAACACUGACUUGUUCAUGUGCUGUUGCUGCGGUGAUCGUUACCAUGGCAGCUGCUUGGACCCCCCCCUGACCCCCUCCCCUUUUCGCCGGGCUGGUUGGCAGUGUCCUCACUGCCGAGCAUGUCAGAGCUGCAGGUCUCAAGAUGAUAAAAGUGUGUUGCUGGUGUGUGAGCACUGUGAUAAAGCUUACCACACACACUGCCUGACUCCACCUCUGGAUCACACGCCAAGCACUGGCUGGAGCUGCAAGAACUGCAGGGUCUGCCGCCGAUGUGGUGUGACAUCAUCAGGCCAGUGGGCCAAUCACCCAUUUCUUUGCAAGUCAUGUGACCCAGCCUUGCCCUGUCCUCUCUGUGACCAUCCCCCUGACCUCUACACACCACUGGAGUAUCUCACCUGUACCCACUGCUAUAGGUGUGUCCAUACAAAGUGUAUUGUCCAGACUGGGGAGGGCAGGGCAGUGUCUGAAGGUUACAUCUGUUCCACCUGCAAGCCUCAGGACGAGGAGCUAAUUCAACCCACGCAAAUAUUACACUGUCUUAUUGAGCCCCUCAGUCCCAGACAGGCACCACCUAUUAGCAUUUCACAGCUACAACUUACAAAUCACUCUCAAACUCCACCAGUAAGUCCCACUGCUCAUAGACCUGUAAAUCUCUUUCCUUCAGAUCCAUCAGAAAGUCCUUGUAUUACCUUCUGUACAUUAUCAGAGCAUUGUCACACAUCAACUUACCCUGAUCCCACAAUGACUCAACAGGGGCAUGUUCCUUCAAACCCCUAUUCUACAGACUUUCAAGAAGCUUCAUCUCAUCCUGUUCUAGUAGUACUCCACCAGAGUCCUGUUCUAUCUUUAUCUGGUCCUACAGAGCUCCAAGAGAGCCCAGUUUUAUCUCAUCUGGACCCUACAAAGUUCCAACAAAAACAUAUUCCAACUCAUCUUGAUCCCACAGAGCUCCAACCGAUUUCUGCUCAGUGUCCUGUUGAGGCCAUACAUUUUCAACAGAGUCCUGUAAAGACUUGUCCUAAUUCAAACCUUCAAAGUCCUGCUCAUACUAAUAUUAUCGGUCUUCAACAAAGUACUGCUAACCCUAACCUGCAGAAAAGUGCUGCAUCAACUCACCCUGAACCAUCAGAGCAACAAGAAAGUGCUGCACCGCCUCACCCUGAUCCAUCCGACCUACAGCAAUGCACUGCAGAGACUAACCCUGAUCCAUCAGACCUGCAAGAAAGUCCUGCAUUAACUCACCCUGAUCCAUCAGACCUGCAGCAAAGUGCUGCACCAACUCACCCUGAUCCAUCAGAGCUACAAGAAAGUACUGCACUGUCUCACCCUGAUCCAUCCGACCUACAGCAAUGUCCUGCGCAGUCUCACCCUGAAUCAUCAGAGCUACAGGAAAGUGCUGAACCAACCCAUCCUGACCCAUCAGACCUACAGCAAAGUGCUGCAUCAACUAACUCUGAACCAUCAGAGCUACAAGAAAGUCCUGCACCUUCUCACCCUGAUCCAUCCGACCUACAGCAAUGUCCUGCGCAGUCUCACCCUGAAUCAUCAGAGGUACAGGAAAGUCCUGAACCAACCCAUCCUGAUCCAUCAGACCUACAGCAAAGUGCUGCAUCAACUAACUCUGAACCAUUAGAGCUACAAGAAAGUCCUGCACCUUCUCACCCUGAUCCAUCAGAGUUACAAGAAAGUCCUGCACUAUCUCACCCCAAUCCAUCCGACCUACAGCAAAGUCCUGCACCGCCUCACCCCGAACUAUCUGACCUACAGCAAAGUCCUGCACAGUCUCACCCCGAUCCACCCGAUCCAUCCGACCUACAGCAAGGUCCUGCACAGUCUCACCCCGAACUAUCUGACCUACAGCACAGUCCGGCACAGUCUCGCCCCGAUCCAUCCGACCUACAGCACAGUCCUGCACAGUCUCACCCUGACCCAUCAGACCUACAGCAAAGUCCUGCACCUUCUCCCCCUCACCCAUCAGACCUACAGCAAAGUCCUGCACCUUCUCCCCCUCACCCAUCAGACCUACAGCAAAGUCCUGCACCUUCUCCCCCUCACCCAUCAGACCUACAGCAAAGUCCUGCACCUUCUCCCCCUCACCCAUCAGACCUACAGCAAAGUCCAGCACCCACUCACCCUGAUUCAUCAGAGCUACAAGAAAGUCCUGCACUGUCUCCCCCUGACCCAUCAGACCUACAGCAAAGUCCUGCACCCUCUCGCCCUGACCCAUCAGACCUACAGAAAAGUCCUGCACCGGCUCACCCUGAUUCAUCAGAAAUACAAGAAAGUCCUGCAUUGGCUCACCCUGAUCCAUCAGAAAUACAAGAAAGUCCUGCACCGGCUCACCCUGAUCCCUCAGAAAUACAAGAAAGUCCUGCACCGGCUCACCCUGAUUCAUCAGACCUACAAGAAAGUCCUGAACUGUCUCCCCCUGAUCCAUCAGACCUACAACAAAGUCCUGCACCGGCUCACCCUGAUCCAUCAGACCUACAAGAAAGUCCUGCACCGGCUCACCCUGAUCCAUCAAAAAUACAAGAAAGUCCUCCACCGGCUCACCCUGAUUCAUCAGACCUACAAGAAAGUCCUCCACCGGCUCACCCUGAUUCAUCAGACCUACAAGAAAGUCCUGCACCGGCUCACCCUGAUCCAUCAGACCUACAACAAAGUCCUGCACUGUCUCACUCUGAGCCGUUAGAUCUACAAGAAAGUCUUGCACCGUCACACCCGGGCCCAUCAGACCUAGAAGAAAGUCUUGCACCGGCUCACCCUGAUCCAUCAGAGCUACAACAAAGUCCUGCACUGUUUCACUCUGAGCCGUUAGAUCUACAAGAAAGUCUUGCACCGUCUCACCCGGGCCCAUCAGAGCUACAACAAAGCCCUGUACCAUCUCCCCCUUAUCCAUCACAGCUGCAUCAGAGCCACAGUCCAUCUGAGAUUCAACAAAGUUCAAUGCCAACAUGCUUACAUUCAUCAGAUGUCCAACAGGGUCCUGCAUUAUUUCACCCUGAUGUCUUUGAGCUACAACAAAGUUCUGCACCAACUUGUCUGGAUUCACGUGAGCUCCAGCCAAGUCCUGCCCCAUCUCACCUUAAUCUAUCAGAUCUCAAACAGAGUUCCUCACCAUCCAACCUGGAUCUAUUGAAGCUCCAACAGAGUUCUUCAGAACUUCAGUUUGAUCCUUUAGAGUUGAAAGACAGCACACCAUCAUCUCCAUCUGGUCCCACGGAGCCCAAGCAGAUGCCUAAAUCGCCUCAUUGUAAUAGUCCUUCUAGCCCUACCCCAAAUUCCACAGUAAAACAACUUCAACAGAGUCCAGUGCAGGGUAGAUCCAUGUUUUCUAGUUCAGCACAUUCUGCAUCAUGUAGUCCUUCCGUGCUUCAACCAGGCAAUGCAGAACCCAACCACAGCCCCCCAUCAAUCUGUCCUGCACAGAACAUCAGAUCACACCUCAACAGACCAUGUAGUUCAACAAAUAUCAUCUCACAUCCACAAACUGGACAGUACAGUUCUGUGCUGCAUGGUCAUACACACAUCUCCACAUCACUGCUAUGGAGUUCCGCAAAGGAUGAUGACUCUACACUGGACAAGGACAAGUCCAAACACUCCUCACAGAGACCCAUUUCAGCUCCAUGUAGCCCAUCAUCCUCCCCACUCGGACCCAACCAGCAUAGUCUGUCACAGCCUGCUAGCCCUGUACAUGCUCACUCGAAACAGCCUGCCCGACAUUUGCAUCAUAAUCUACUUCCUCUUCAGCUUGAUAUACAGUCAAGAGUCACAGACGAAUUCAUGAAAAUCUGUGCCACAGAGAUGAAUUUCUUGGAUGACCACCUCGUACAGACUAAAACACUGGAUAAUACCAUUAACUCUUGUAACUCUAGUUCUAAUCUGGUAACCUCUGAAAGCCAACUCCCAAACCAAUUUAUUCCUGUUCAGUGUAGCACACAUAGUCCAGAUCAUGCAAGCCCGACUCACGUUUGCCACACCACACCAGAAAGCCUUGCUCACGUUAGCACUUCAGCAGAACACAGUAGCCUAUCUUGUUCACCAUGUACAGAUGAAAAGGAGGGAAGUUGUUUUGUGGCUAGCCACAUUCCUUCAUGUCUUUCUUCUGGAAGCCCAUCACACUGUCCAGAAGCUGUUAAAGAUCAGACUGUACUUAUCAAGGCUAACACAACCAGCGUUAGCUCGACAUAUACCAGGGAAAUGCCUCCAAACCAAACUAGCUUUUUUCAGGCCUGUGCUAGUCCCAUUGCAGUAGAGACUGGCCUUGCUCAUGGCAGCACCAUAGCUGCUGAUACUAGGCCCUCAUCACAACAAGCUAGCUAUUUCUCACAUUCUGACAACCCAUUGGCCUCAUCUGUAUCAUCCCCAGUACAGCCAGCUGGCUCCUUAGCAGUACCGGUGUCCUGUCAAGACAACGACAUUGAGUCAACUGCUGAACCCCCAAGUCUAUCAAUUAAGUCAGACUCGAGUCCCAGGCAUAGUACUGCUGUCCCAGGUACGUCGGUUCAUUCUACUCCUACUCACGUUGGACUGGUUGACAGAGAAGCUAACAGUGCCUGUGCUGUGAUGGACCUUGAUGCUGUGGAGAACUCAAGUUCUUGCAGUUAUGUAGAUCUUGCACAAACUCAGAGCAAUCAAAGUCCCACACAUCUUUUGCAGUCCAGUCCCUCUCGUACCCAGACUAACUGUAGUCCUUCACCAACAAGCUUCCAGCCAAUAGAAACUAGCUUUAGUCCUCCACACUGUAUUCCAACUGAAACUAUUCCAGCUGGUACCUCUGUAAGCCAGAGUUUGAGCAAUAUUACCUCAGACUAUAGUGGCCAGACUGUUAACUGUUCCGCUAUUGCUGAUGUUAACGUUAUACAGAGUCCACCUAGAUUUAGUCCUGCUGGUCAGGCCAAUCAGUCUAGUAGUGCACCCUCAGGCCUAGUCCAAAGACAUCUUAUCUCUUUAGCUAACACAUCCCACAGCAGUUCUUCACAUGCUUCAUUUGCUUGCAGUAAAGCUCAGGCCAGUAAAACAUACAAUAGCCCCAGUAGUAGCUCACAAGAAAAUACUAUUCCAGCUGCUGACACUGGAACCACUUCAGGCCUUGAUGUGGCUUUAAGACUUGAUGUGGACAGUUCCCUAAUCCAGAGCAAACUUCAUCUUGAUACUGUUCUACUUAAGCCUUCAGAAAAUAUUAGGCCGACUAGUCCAUCAACUGCCACUGCCCCGGCUAUUAGCCACAAUAAGGCUAGUCUGAACCUGGGGAUGCAGUCUUUAGCUAAUCCACAGACAUCUUCUCAUCAGACCAGUGCACUGGUGAGCCCCUUGGAUCAAAGACCGGCCACUGAAGCUAGUUCAAGCCAAGCUAGACCUGGCUACUUUAGUCCAGCUCAAGGUAACAGUGCGAUGCCUAGCACAAGCCACACUGGUGAAACCCCUGCUAGUCCCACACCCUCUUCCUCAUUGCACCUCAGCCCUCCUCAUAUAUUCACCACGUACCCUUCACACACUAGCUGUGGCCAUAGUGGUCCAGCUGCAGGCCUUGCAUGUGGCUCUAUAGUUACAGAGACGCUGCCAAAUCCUGGACAUAGCAGUUCUGUGCUGCAAGAGGUUAUUCUAAGUACUAGUCCAUCUAACCAUGUCAGCUGUAAGGGUAGUGCUGGUCUUGAUGCUGUUUGCCCUGCCCUUGCAAAUCCAGUGCAUCGUAAAAACAACCCCAGUCCUGUUCCUGCUAGUCCAGUGUCAUCUCAUGCUGCACCUGAAGUACCCCAGCAAAAUAAACAGUCUGAAGAGGACUCUGCAGCCUGUCUGGACAUCUGCCUGUCUGAGGUGAAAGAAGAGGGGCAUAGGAAGACUGAAAAGGAGGAGAUGGAGAGAAAAGCUCAACAACCGGAACCAGCAGAGGAGCCUUAUCAGACAGCAGAAGUGAAAAUGCAGCCUGUUGAAAGGGCAGAAAAAGAGGAAAUACAGCAAUACCACCUGCCUCUUCCUCAUACCACUGUUGCCUCCUCCCUCAUCUUAGAAUCACAAUCUCUUUCUCCCCAACCCAUCAAAACACACUUUGCCUUACCCCUGCACUACAACUCUUCUUACCCCUCAUCACCAUCUCCUCCUUCACCACAUGGAACUGCCCCUCUGGAGGUGUCUCCCAACGUCUCUCCUCACAGGACUGCCUUACCCCACUCCUGCUCUCCUCACACCCCUCAGGAGGAUCAGCAUGAAGAAAGGGAAUCCAAAGAUCAAACAGAAGUCAGUGUGUUACUAGAGGAUAGUGACAACCAGCCACAGAGUCUAUUUGAACCUGUUGCUACAGCAACAGUGCCCACUAGAGACAAUGGCCAAUCACAAGCUGAGCCUUCAGAAAGGAGAAAAGUGGAAGAGGACCAAGAGGAGAAGGAAGGAGUGACGGGUUGUGUGUAUGAGGAGAAAGUUGAGGAGCAGUCAGAUAUGGAGGAGGAGCUAGUGACUCCAGUUCUGGACCUGGAUCCCUCUUUAGACAUGGAGGUGAUGGACCUGAUGACAUCCUCGCACCUGUCCUCCCUUAGCCCACCCCCAGCCUCAUGCCGAGGAAAGGGUCAUAAUUUAAGACCGCCUACAUACUUUUCAAGGCCUUCUGACGACCUCUCUAUCCGCCUGAGGCAGUCUCCCUUUUCCACUGAGGCUUCUCCUGAGACCUCUCCCACUAGAGUUUCUAUCACCCCACCUCCCCUCUCACCUCUGUCAUCUCUCUUCCGGUGCUCUCCUCCUGCCAGAGAGUCUCUAGUGCCUCCUACUACUGUGCUCCCCCUCACCCCUAAAAUUGGAAUGGGAAAGCCAGCCAUUACCAAGAGAAAGUUUUCUCCUGGAAGAGCCAGGGUUAAACAGGGUUCGUGGUGGAGUAAUCGAAGGGCAGUGAGCCCCCCUUCAUCCUCCCAGGAUUCCAUGGGCGAGGGAGGGUGGGACAGUCCUAAACCCCGUCCAUCAGACUCCCCCCUCUGGAGCAUGAGAGUGGGACGUGGUUCAGGGUUCCCAGGAAGAAGGCGUUCGAGAGGUGGUGGUGUUGGAGGAGCAAGAGGUGGAGGGAGAGGAAGGAGCAGACUAAAAACCCAGGACAGCCUGUCUGUUUCACCUGGGGGUGGGUAUGUUGAACUGUUGCAGCCGAAGGAGGAGGAAGAGAACUCCAUGCACAACACAGUGGUGAUGUUCUCCACCUCUGACCAUUUCACCCUCAGACAGGACAUGUGUGUGGUCUGUGGGAGUUUUGGUCAAGGUGCUGAAGGCAGGCUGCUGGCUUGUUCUCAGUGUGGACAGUGUUACCAUCCCUACUGUGUCAAUGUCAAGAUUACACGGGUGGUGCUCACCAAAGGCUGGCGCUGUCUGGAGUGUACAGUGUGUGAGGCUUGUGGGGAGGCCAGCGACCCAGGACGACUGCUACUAUGUGAUGACUGUGACAUCAGCUACCACACUUACUGCCUGGACCCACCUCUCCACACAGUACCUAAAGGAGCCUGGAAGUGCAAGUGGUGUGUGUGGUGUGUGCAGUGUGGCUCGACCUCCCCUGGGCUGCACUGUGAUUGGCAAAGUAACUACAGCCGCUGUGGACCAUGUGUCAGUCUGAGCUGCUGUCCUCUCUGUCAGAGACGGUACUUGCAGGAUGACCUCAUACUGCAGUGUCAGCAGUGUGACAGGUGGGUCCAUGCUGUGUGUCAGGGCCUGACCACUGAGGAUGAGGUGGAGGUUGCUGCUGAUGAAGGCUUUGACUGUUCACUGUGCAAAACUCAAGGCCAAGGAUCAUACGGGACGUCAAACAGCUUUGAUUCCCCUUAUAUGGCCCAGAUCAUCUCCAGGAUUAGAGAACCUGACACAAAGACGUACACGCAGGACGGAGUGUGUCUCACAGAGUCAGGUUUGUCUCACCUGCAGGCUCUGGUUGAACCAUUGACUUCGCCGCGCAGGGUACCCUGUUCAAUCUGCAGGUGUAAACCCAAACUGAAGCUGAGGAUCAUCAACCAGAACAGCGUUUCUGUCCUGCAGACACCUUCUGACCUGGAUCCUCCCACUGAGCAGGACCACAGCAGAGGUGAUUUGGAAUGUGAGAUAAAGUCUGACUCCAGCCCAGAGCGAGACCAUGCCGAAGAUGAUGUCACAAAGGAGCCUGAUGUUACCGAUGGCAACAAGAAGAGGAAGAGGAAACCCUACAGGCCAGGCAUUGGUGGAUUCAUGGUGCGGCAGCGUGGAGCAAAGGCUGGUCCAGGCAGGAUUAAAUUAUGUAGAAAAGAUUUAACAGAGAUGCUGCUGGGACGAGAUGAAGGUCUGUUGGAUGCUGACAUGGAAACAGCACCACCUGCAGACCAGACAAUGGAGAAGGCGAAGAAAAGGUACAGGAAGAAGAAGACAAAGCUGGAAGAGGAGUUCCCCUCUUAUCUGCAGGAGGCGUUUUUUGGUCGGGAUCUUCUGGACCGGAGCCGGCAGGUGGACAAGGUGUCUAGACCAGAGAUGUCUGUUGCGAGUCACUCAGCAGCAGUAUCCAUGGACGUAAAAGUCUCCAUCCCUGGGUUCCAUGUUCCCUCUCCCCCAAGUCUGCAGAUUGGUAACAUAGCAGCCAACUCCAGCAAGAAGCACAGGGCCCUGUCCUUGUGCGAGGACACUCUAGUGGAUCUGUCUGAUGUUCUCAACACUGACCCGCACAUACUGGCUACAGGACCCACAGGUCAAUUCCAGGUGGAGCGCUCCCCCUCUCCAUUUGCUGGUCUCGACAUCAGCUCCAUUGGGGGUGAGCCCUCUUUGACCUCUGAUCCAACAGGAAGUGGUGGACAGGCCCAUAGGGUGGUACAUGAGGAGCCUCUGGAUGUCAUUUUGAGUCCUGAGCUUGACAAAAUGGUCACUGACGGUGCCAUUCUCAGCAAACUCUACAAGAUCCCAGAGCUGGAGGGGAAGGAUGUCGAGGAGGUCUUCACAGCUGUUCUCAGUCCAAACAGCAGCAACAACCAGCAAUUAGAGCAAUGUCAACAUCCACAUUCUGCUGCUGGAAACAAAAUGCAUCCACAACCUGCUGCUGGUGUGUACCCCCGUCUACCGCUGAUGAAUGGCCUGAUGGGAGCUACUCCUCACUUUCCCCAUGUUCCUGUGGUGCCAAGCAGUGGCCAGGGUCCAGCAGGCCUGAGGAUGCCCCCUCCUCAGGGACCUCCUCAAGACCGCGGCCCAAACAUUCAGACACCGGCAGGAGAGGGCGAGCAGGAUGCAAUGUCAACUGCCCAGAGGGGCAUGUUGAAGUGGGAAAGAGAAGAAACCCUGGGAGAGUUGGCCACCGUGGCUCCAGUCCUCUACUGUAACACAAACUUCCCACAGCUGAAGGAGCAGUACCCAGACUGGUCCACAAGAGUGAAGCAGAUCACCAAGCUGUGGAGGAAAGCCAGCUCUCAAGACAGAGCACCCUACGUGCAAAAGGCCAGAGACAAUCGGGCAGCUCAACGCAUCAACAAGGUGCAGCUAAACGAGCCUUUCAAGCGACAACCGCCCCCGCAGCACCAGCUCCCACCGCUGCCACCGCCGCCACCACCACCACCAGGCCAAUAUGACCCUGUUUCCAUGGAGACAGAGGUGGCAUUCAGGGACCCACUGAGGCCCAGAGAGUCGGAGCAGGAACAAGAGUGGAAGCUCAGACAGCAAAUGCGUCAGAAGAGCAAACAGCUGGCCAAGAUGGAGGCCACUCAGAAGCUGGAGCAGGUAAAGAAAGAGCAGAGGCAACAGCAGCUGUUGGCGGGCCACCGACUCCCUGGAACAGUGUCCCCUGAGCCCGGGAGUCACAGCCCCAUGACCCCCACCCAACAGCUGAUCACUGGGGACAGCAGCUCCCCACUGAGUCAGUCCAGACAGCAGGGGAGUUCAGGACUGACUGAUGUCUUCCUCAGGCCCCAAGCUCCUCCCCCUUCAGGGUUUCCCUCACUGCCUCACUCUCCUCACCCCUCGUCCCCUCUCCAUCAGCCUCCAACCUCCCCCCAAAUGUUCUCCCCACCCUCUUCCCGCCCCUCUUCACCCUGGGAUCCUUACAGCAAGGUAGCAGGGACCCCUCGUCCAAACACACAGUCAGGUAGUUCCCAGCAACAACAUCGCAACUCGCUAGGCACAUCCCCGCCUCAUGAUGCCUUUGGCUCACCAGCACUGUCCCCCGACUCGAAAAGCUCAGACGUUAGAGUUCUUGGACCCCAACCAGGGCUUCAUGUGAGCAGAGCAGGCAUGAUAAGCCCCCCCUCCUCUUCUGCCCCUGACCUUACAACCAGACAAGGUGGAAUCCGAGCGGAUGCCUACCAAAAGACUUCCCCUAGUGCCAGUAACCUCCGGACACCUGUGCCUGCUGAGCUGGUUCAGGGUGGAGUGUUUAAAGCCCCAAUGCCCCCCCAGCACCAACCUCAGCAGGAUGUUUUUGCCAGCACAGGAGGAGUAAACAGGAGGGACCCAUCCAGACUCUCAGAACUAGGAUUUGCCCUUCCUCAGUCACAGGAUUUUCCUUCCAGUCCACUGUCAGGGCUUGGGUCCCCCCAUCGCAGUCCCUAUGCCCAGGCACCUGGCACCCCCAGACCUGAUUACAGCCAGCAUAUUGCAGACCCUUUCUCUCAACAGUCACCAUUGGCCUCCAGACCUUCCCCCGACUCCUACACCAAUCCUCACACCCCGGGUACACCACACCCACACUCCGAGCCCACGUACCUCCCCACACCUCCUGCACUACGACUGGAUCAGUAUAACCAGCAGUCCACCAAUCGUAGACCUUCACCCUCCCACCCUACUUUUGACGUAUAUGCCUCCAGCCCAGGGACUCCCCGCCCGUUUGUCACUGAGCGCUUCCCUCGGUCGCCAGGAAGUCAGAGAAGCACUGAGCCCUACGCUCAGCCCGUAGGAACACCGCGUCCAACCCUGGACCCAUACACCCAACAGCCCUCCACACCACGUCCCCAGAAGACCCCAGGGGAGACCUUCACUCCUCAGGCUGCAGCAUCCGGGUCCUCUUUGGCUCCAGGACUGUCUGUAGAGACGGCAGCCUUCGCUGGGACAAGCCACCAGUCUCCAGGACGACAGCAACAGGACUUGUUUCCCAGAACUCCCAGCAAUCAGACCCCAAAGCACCCUGGGAUGUCAGAGGAGUGUGGUUUAUCUGGACAGACUUUAAGUCAUGACUCCAUAGAGUCAGGUCACAUGACACCAGGACAUUCACAAACUGACAAGACAGCAAGCCCUGAAAUGGCAGCCCUAGCUACUGUUGCUUUGGAUGGGAUGCUGCCUCAAAUUGGAGACUCCGAUGAGAAACUCCGACAGCGCCAGCGGCUCCGGCAGCUCAUCUUAAGGCAGCAGCAGCAAAAGAGUGCGUUACGUCAGGAGAUAGGACUCCAUGAACCUGCUGCUGGAACUUCGGUACCAACUGCUGGUCCAUCUUCAGGCUCAGGAACACCUCGUCACUGGUCCCAGGAAGAUUCUUCCACAGCGCCUUCAUCAGACCUGUUUGGUCGUCCUCCACCUCCCUACCCUGGCAUAGUGAAGCCGGGGGGGGCAACAGUGCUUCCAGCCCCAAGGUUCUCUCGAGGUUUUGCCCCUAGCGAAGCUCCCUUCCCAAGGCAGAACCUCCCCAGAGAGCUGGGACUCAGAGGACUGGCCCCGAGGUUCAGUGCUUCUCCAGGAACACCAGCAGCUUCUCAGGAUUCUUUCCUGCAUCCUCCACAGGCCUCGGUGCCUGGACCUAGCCUAAGUACUGUGGAGGGGGCCCCUGUCCAUAUGAGGAGAUCUGGGGAGUUCACCAGUAUCCGACCACUCACUGCUCCUAAUACUCACCCGAACUUGAUGCCAGGUGCACCCCAGCAUGUCCUCCCUCGCUCCUUCCCCAUCCAGCAACACAGCAUCAUGGGGCAGCCAUACAUUGAGCUUCGGCACCGUGCUCCUGACGCUCGCAUGAGGCUGCCCUUCCCUCUGCCUGCCUCAUUGGACACUGGGAUGCAGCAGCUGGGCCCCAGAGAUUCCCAGACAUCUCUGGUCAGGCCCAGUCAGGGGUCCAGGCUGGGUGAACCCCCUCUGGGGCAGCAGAUGCUGAUGACAGGUGGCAUAAUGCAGCUCAACCAGCAGCACUUGGGUCAAACAGUGGCUCUAACUCAGGGAGGCGAGACAGCGCUGCCUGGGCCUGAUGGAAUAGAGGAGCAUCUAGAUGGUGAAGACUCAGCCGUUAAGGAUCUAGAGGAUGUUGAGGUCAAAGAUCUUGUUGACCUCAACCUGAACUUGGACCCUGAAGAUGGUAAAGAAGAUUUGGAUCUGGGUGCAUCCGACCUCCACCUUGAUGACUUUCUUCUAUCGGGGAAAUUUGAUCUGAUCGCCUAUGCAGACCCUGAGCUGAACUUGGAGGACAGUGAGGACCUCGACCUGGGGGACUCUGUGGAGGAGAAGGCUGGAGGAGAGAAGCAGGAUGGGGCCAAAAAGACAGAUAGCAGACCCCCAGUACCAACGGGGGUCGAGGUGGCGGAGUCCUCUGCCCUCCACACAAAGGACAAGGUGGAGGAGUCUGGUGCUGGUGCCCUGCCAGCUCUGCAAACUCAGGAACAUAUUCUUUCAUCUGUUAUGAGUCCCAGGGUUCACCCUCCUGUUGCCACAGGUCCAGAGCCAAUCUUUCAUCAGCCUCAGCAGAGAAUCUUUGGAUCCUCCCCGUCACCUCUUCUCACCUCCCUACCUCAGGGUCCUUCAGUCUCUCCCCACCCCAUGUCUCUCCCACCUGCCCAACCUCACAUGCACCUCAACCCCCAGGUCAAGCCUCCAAACCCUGGAAGCUCCAGCCAAACCCAGGACCAGGCAGUUUUUCUGCAGAACCAGAACAAAUCCAGGCCGCUGCUUGUUGAGGAACAGCCCCUCCUCCUGCAGGAUCUCCUGGACCAGGAGCGGCAGGAACAGCAACAGCAGAAACAGAUGCAGGCCCUGAUCAGACAGAGGUCCACAGACUCUGUGUUUCCUAACAUGGCGGACUUUGACUCCAUCUCUGACCCCAUCAUGAAGGCUAAGAUGGUGGCUCUGAAGGGCAUCAACAAGGUGAUGACCCAAAGCAACAUGGGACUGAACCCUAUGGUCAUCAACAGACUCCAGCCGGCUCCAGGAGCAGCAACAGGUCCAGUGGCCCCACCCUCAGAGCGAAUUCCACAGCCUCCACACCCAGUGGGGCAGGACAAGAAGUUGAACCCACAGUUGGUGCGCCCCAGUCCCCCAAGCUUCGCCCCAGGCUUUGUCAACGAGUCUGAGAGGCGUCAGUACGAGGAGUGGUUGGCAGAAACGCAGCAACUCCUGCAGAUGCAGCAGCGCCUCCUGGAGGACCAGAUCACUGCACACCGCAAGACCAAGAAAGCUCUGUCAGCCAAACAAAGAACGGCCAAAAAGGCUGGAAGAGCCUUUGCUGACGAGGAUGCUGCCCAACUCCGCUGCAUAACUGAACAGCAGGGGGCAGUGCAGAAACAGCUGGAGCAGAUUCGGAAGCAGCAGAAGGAUCACGCAGAGCUGAUUGAGGAAUAUAGGGCGAAACACCAGGAGCCGAGAGCUCUGGUGCAGCAACAGCCAGCUGCCCCACCCAUUAUGACUGCAGGAGCACCUGCCGUCCCUGGGAGCCUCCUUCCACAGCCACUGGUCCCCAUGCUGCCCCGUCAAGGUGAUCCCUCUGCAAUCCAUAUACCAAAUGUCUCUCCUGGUUGGACGACAGGCAGUGGAGCUCCAGGGGUGAUAGGACAGAGGAUGCCUCCUCAGAUUGCCCCGGCCCUGCCAAACUCUCCUCAGGCUCCCACCCAGACGCCCCCAGCCAUGGUGACUGGGCUCACCACUCCAAAAGCAGGUUUCACUGCAGAACCCAGAGGGCCCAAUGGAGCAGCAGUAGAAGGAGCCCCAGCCAUUCCUCAGGUAAAGUUUGAUGACAACAACCCGUUCAGCGAGGGUUUUCAGGAGAGGGAGCGAAGGGAGCGGCUGAGGGAGCAGCAGGAGCGCCAGAGGGUCCAGCUUAUGCAGGAGGUGGAGCGUCAUCGGGCCCUGCAGCAGAGACUGGAACUGGAGCAACAAGGAGUCGUGGGAAACGUACCUGGAAGUCAGGGGUCUGGACUGGCUACAUCAUCUGAGCUGGAGAGACAACUGUCUGUCACUGCUGCAGCCCAGCAGAGAGCCUCUGCCCUGGCUAUGGAGUUUCAAAGAGGCCCCCUUACUGCAGCCCGUCUGGAGGUCAAGCUGGAGCGUGAGGAGGUUGGAGCAUGUGGCGGAGGUGUGGUAAAGAUGGAGGAGGGUGGUCGUGAGAGACUCUUGUCUCCCUCUUCUGGAGACGCAGGGAAGGAGCUGCUCAGACACCUGCUGAAGGAUAAGGCGUCUCUGUCCAACAUGCUGUCUCCUACAGCGCAGAGCCCACUCAUCGCCUGCCGCCAGCCCUCCAGUGACAGCAUUCGGUCCGAGGAGGAAGACCACCCUGGUCCCCAUGGCAAUAUGGUGUUGACAGAUAAUCCGGGUCUGGAUUUGCCGGAUUUGUCUGGUAAAAAGAGUCAACGCUGUAAGAGAUUGGCCCGGCCCGAAAAAGACAGAGCUCCUCCUAAAUACAAGAGAAGGAAAAAAGAGGAGGACAAGACCACCCCUUCCUCUGACCAGCUAGUGACACAUCUCACACAGCUGUCAGUGUUGCCUCUUAUGGAGCCAGUUCUGGGGUUGGAUCUGAGUCUGUUUACCCCCUACGGCGGCUCCUUUCUGGGCCGAGACUCCAGACUGACGGGUUCCUUUGGUAACGCCUGCCUGGACGGAGUCAGUGACUACUACUCACAGCUCAUAUACAAGCAGAAUAACCUCAGUAACCCCCCCACACCACCAGCCUCCCUGCCCCCAACCCCGCCACCUGUGGCUCGACAGAAACUAGUGAACGGCUUUGCUAUGACAGAGGAGUUGGCCCCAAAGGAGCUGCCAGAGCAGGACGAAGCGUCAGGCCUGAAGCAGAAGGGGAGUGAGAUUCUGGAUCUGAAGUCAGUGGAUGUCCCGGCCUCGCUGCCAACUCCACCCCACAACAUCCAGGAGGAACACAGGCUCAAGGACUUGUUAGGGCGCGACAGUCCGGAUGGCUUCAUCCCGUCGUCAUCUCCAGAGAGCGUUGCAGACAUGGAGCUCAGCAGGUACCCUGACCUGUCUUUCAUCAAAGUGGAGCGUCCCUCCCCCUGCUCCUCACCUACAAUACCCAUGAUGCCCUGCUCUCUGGGCAAAGGCUCUGCAGUGAAACAGGAAGUGAAAGUUGAACCAACCCUUCAGGGUCCCCCCUCCUGUUCCAACACGGACCUGGUUACCAUAGCCAUAACACUGAACCCUGUUGCAGCCCAGAAUGUAGCAGGUGUCAUGGCAGCCAUAACGCAGCUGCUGCGGGUCUCUGGCCGUGUCAACUACCAGCUGAGCCGACCGCCCGUCCCCGAGCAGAGCUCUCUGGCUCUGCUGGCUGGAGUCCGAGUCCCCCUGAUGCAGAGUUCAGCAGGCAUCAGACAGCUGAGGCCACCUCCUGCUCUGGGAAACACCGGUGUCAGAAUGAACUACAUCCAAGCUGCUAGGCCCCAGUGUUGCAGCUACUGUAAGGCACUGCUGGGAAAUGGAGUUCGCAUUGUCAGAGAGCUCAAACAGGAGACUCAGUCAAGACCAGGAUCCAACCUGGUCUUCUGUAGUCCAAACUGCUCUGCUCUCUACACGUCUAAAGUCCAAGGCAAAUUGCCUGGAAACAAGGCUACAAUCCCCGUCCUGAUGUCCGGUUCUGACCGCCCGCCUCCCACCAGAGUACAACACCAGUACUCAAACAACAUGUCCUCCAUCGCUGUCCACUCACUGCCCCUCACUCAAUCUUCAGUUCCUCCCACUGCUUCCUCAUCCCCACAACCUACCUUUCCACCUGCCUCGGCUAUCGCUAUUGAGAGCAAACCACGAACAGACAGCCUCAAGGUAAAGGUGAAGCUGAAGCCCCACCCCCGGGCAGUCCCAGGUGAUGAGUCUGCUCGGCCUGGAAAGAGGAUCAAGAAUUCACGCUGGAGACGCUGGAGCAUUAGCGUCACACUCAGCAGGGGUCCUUGCAUUCCAAAUGAGGCGGUUGCCAUGCCAACUGAGGAAGAAAUGGAUUUGCUUCUAAAGAAGUUGGGGGCAUGUCUUCACCCAGACCCUUUGCCCAAAGACCAACGAAGAUGCUGCUUCUGUCACCAGCAAGGAGAUGGGCAGACGGAUGGACCAGCUAGACUCUUGAACCUGGACCUGGACCUAUGGGUUCACUUGAACUGUGCCCUAUGGUCCAGUGAGGUGUAUGAGACUCAGGCUGGUGCACUGAUCAACGUAGAGCCAGCUCUGAGACGAGGCCUGACUCUGCGCUGCGCCUACUGCCAACAGAUCGGAGCCACGAGCGGCUGCAACCGCCUCCGCUGCACAAACACCUAUCACUUCACCUGUGCUCUACACGCCCACUGUACCUUCUUCAAGGAUAAGACAAUGCUCUGUCACCUUCAUAAGCCCAGGACAGUUCCUCUCAGUGGUGACAGGUCUUCCAACGGCUCCCCCUCUUCAACACCAGGUCCAAUACCCGACCCAGCAGCUGUGAUGGCCUCUGACCCUUAUGAUUCAGAGCUGCGAUGCUUCACAGUGUUUCGGCGGGUGUACGUGCAGCGGGACGAGGCGCGUCAAAUUGCUGCCGUGGUGCAGCGCGGUGAGCGGCAGCACACCUUCAGGGUCGGCAGCCUGCUAUUCCGUGCCAUUGGCCGCCUUCUUCCACAUCAGAUGAACAGCUUCCACAACAAGGUGGCCAUUUUCCCCAUUGGCUACAAUGCCAACCGUUUCUACUGGAGCAUGCGCUACAACAACAGACGCUGCAAGUACAUGUGCUACAUUGAAGAGAAGGAGGGUGAGCCACUGUUUAAGGUUAAGGUAGUGGAGAAAGGACACGAAGACCUGGUUCUGACUGGACCAACACCUAAAGCUGUUUGGGAUCAGAUACUGGAACCCUUAUCACAGAUGAGAGCCUCCAGUGGGGCUCUGAAGCUAUUUCCAGUUUACCUGAAGGGAGAAGAUCUGUUCGGUCUGACCACGUCUGCAGUGACCAGGAUCCUAGAGUCUUUACCAGGAGUGGAGGCCUGUGAACGCUACACUUUCCGUUAUGGCAGGAAUCCUCUGAUGGAGUGGCCUCUGGCCUUCAACCCAUCUGGCUCAGCCCGCACUGAACCCAAAGCCUGCCAGGCCAAGAGGCCCUACCUGCUGACCAGCGUUGCUCCCAGGUGUCAGGGCUCGGUGGGCUCCAUUGUCGGCCUCGUUCCUGGCGUCCUCUCUCUGUCUCCAGGCGAGUCUGUGGCAGGGGCUCAUCAGGGCCGCCACUCCAAGUCGUCUCAGUACCGACGCAUGAAGGCAGAGUGGAAGAGCAACGUCUACCUGGCCCGUUCUCGCAUCCAGGGACUGGGUCUGUACGCGGCAAGAGACAUAGAGAAGUGCACCAUGGUCAUCGAAUACAUCGGCACCAUCAUCAGAAGUGAAGUAGCCAAUCGCAAGGAGAGGCUUUACGAGUCGCAGAACCGUGGUGUGUACAUGUUUCGGAUCGACAACGAUUAUGUGAUCGACGCCACCAUCACCGGGGGCCCAGCCAGGUACAUCAACCACUCGUGUGCCCCCAACUGCAUCACUGAGGUGGUGACUGUAGAGAAGGAAAACAAAAUCAUCAUCAGCUCCUGCAGGCGCAUCCAGAGAGGAGAAGAGCUGUGUUAUGACUACAAGUUUGACCUGGAGGACGACCAGCAUAAGAUCCCCUGUCACUGUGGAGCCGUCAACUGCAGGAAAUGGAUGAACUGACCUCACUCGCUUUUUGUCUUGGUGCUGAAGCUGCAGAGCUUGGCUUCAUAUCAGAAGUAAACAAUAAUAAAAGUGACCAGAGGUAAUGAUAACAGGAAGCUAAUGAAGAGGCUGGUCCUCUGUGUGUGUAUAUCGUGUUAAUGCCCCUGAAAUAUCGGAAUAUCUUGUCCUCACAGGAGGUUGAUUAUUAACUUGCACUAAUAAAAUCACAAAACCACAAAAAUAUAAAUUUCCAGAGAAACUUGAUUCCAUGAGUCGCUCUCCUUUUCCUCCACCCGCUUUUUGUUAAUUUUCUGUAAAAUAAGAGAUUUUGUUUUUGUAUUUAUUACUGGAUGAAGCUAUUUUCUAAAUCCACGGUUAGUUCAACAUCUGAACUCGCAGCGUGUAAAUAUCUGUAUCAUAAAUUUCAACAAUAGAAAGACACAGAAGUUUAGAGGCCACUCCAGUGAGAGCUACCGUAACAUCCUCACCGUUUGUUGUGUAAGCUUCUGUUUCGGUCUGACUGAACAGACUCUGAUCUUCACCACAGCCUCAGUUUUCAUUUUGUGUGUGAUUCUUUUUUUUCUUUUUUUUUAUCUCUCCCUGUUGGGUCACUUUGUAUUCUGGAGUCCAGAGUCCUGUUGUCGUGUACAUAUGAGGUUUUAUCAGGACUCUGCCAAUGUGUACAGAAAGACAUGAAGCCUUGUUUUGUUUUUUAUUACUGGAUGUAAACAGAGUGACCAUGAUGUUUGUUUUAGUUUUGGGGAUAAAUGUGGAAUUUGAUUUAGAAUCAUUUACAGAAAAUAAAAUAUUUUACAUCUUUAACAAA